UCCAUUAGCAGCAUCAGGAAGGCAAAAAAAAAAAUUCCCUGCUCACCCAAUUCGUCCAUACCUCUGAUCAUGCUGGAAGCGCUUGAUGAAAACAGACAAAGUUGAGAAACCUUCUUUCACGAGCACUUUCAUGGGAGUUAGAGCAUCUCCAGAGAAAGAGAAUAAGCUCUCCCUUUCUCUCUCUCCCACUGACACUCACAUACAAUGCGUCUUGUCAAACACCUGUCCCCAGCAUUGUGAAGAGCAACUUGGCAGGCUGAUCCAAAGACGGAGCUGGGGGGAGGAGGGUGUGGUAGGCUGGAGGUGUCAAGAGAGUGGCAGGAGUUCCUGAGAAACUCCACAACCUGCUCUCUCUCCACACAGCUUUGCUCUUUGAGUGCGGAUAGACAUCCAGGAGACAGGCUUUCCAAUUAAAGUACUGUGCAUCAUGGAUUUUUCCUUCUUAUUUGUAAUAAGUGCGGUUGUUUUCAUAUUGGAACAACAAGUCCCAGGGUCCCAUGCAAACAGAAGUCCAUCUGUGAAUGCUACUCCAGAAAUUCACCACCGCGAGAGACGCUGCUCCUGUGAAAACCUGAAGGACAAAGAAUGUGUGUACUUUUGCCACAUAGGAAUCGUGUGGGUCGAUACACCCAGUCAGGUCAUUCCCUAUGGUGUAGGUUCACUACAAAUGCGUCUAAGACGAGAUGUGGAGCGAUGCCACUGCGCACACAGGAGAGACACAAAAUGUGUGCGGUUUUGCUCUUACUUGGAUCUCCAGCAAGAAGAUGAAAACGCCUCAGUCAAAAGUUACCAUCCCAGAAACUACAAAGAACGAUACAAGUCUAGAUUCCCCCAGAGACAGAGGAGGCACAAUCCAAUACAAACCUGAAAGGGAUGGAAAAAAGCUACAUAGUAACUUACUGUAUAUUAUUACUAUUUGGGCAGCAAGCCUGGCCAUAUGUCUGAAUAUGUGUGCUGUGAAUGGUUUACAAAGUACAGUUUUAGACAUCAUUUCUAUUGGGCUUGUCAUGAAAUGCUAGCAUCUCAAUAGUGACAGUAUAUGAAGCAAAUAGGAGUGAUAACUGUCAGUAUUUUACUGCAAAACCGUAUUGCUUCUAAUUGAUGUGUAAUAUAUAUCAUUUGAUGUUUCCAAUUUUGUUUCCUUAUAGUGAAUACAUUUGACUAUUUAUUAAGGACAAUAGUGGUUUGUGGGCACUUUAUGUUUGACAUUAAACAUAUUAGUUGGCCUCGGGUAAAGAUCAUUCUGGCAUCCAGUUAAGACAUUGUCAAUGAAUGAUACAAAUAAUAAUAAAUGCCUGCACAGAACUAGAACAAGCAGUUUACAUUUAUCAAUAUACAGUAGUUUGAUUUUGCAGACAGUUGAAACUUGCAGUCAAUUUCUAAUCUAAUGAACGAGCUUAAUAUUUAUUGUAAUGUGAAAAGGCAAAUAAUAAAAACCUAAAACCCA